GUCGACGCGUCGGGAAACCCUCGGUGCAUCUGCUGCGCAUAUUCACCCGCAGCCAACGGAUCGAAGGCCAGUUGACGCGGGGAGACGCUCUUUAACACCUGGAUGGCCUGCCGCACUUGCAUUACCGGAUUUCAACCUUGCUCUGACAAACGUUUCUUGCUUGAUUCGAAGCAGCCGGGAGGCUUGACCGCAUUCCCAACCCACCAUCAUUGAGCCGAGGGCGAGGCGACCAAUCUGCAUACGUACCCAUACAUGCAAGAGGCCGACGUUUUUUUUUCUGGGAGCCGCUAACGACAAGGCUGAGAGAGACAAGGCUGGGGGAGACAUGGCGUCUGGAAGAUCGGGCUUGAGCCUCAAGCAGCGGCCUGCACCCCUCCUCAGUGUGGUGGGUGGCAAGCCAGUGACCGGCCGCGAGUCAAAAGCCAAACUCAUACAGCCAGUCGAAUUCGAUGCUGCCCCAUUGUCCAGCGACGAUGAGGAUGAGGCGUCUAGACCUGCUGGAAUAGUUGGGCCCAGUCGCUCAGCCCGGUCACCAACGGGAUCAUCUGAUUCUGAGCCUGAGAAUAGCUCCAGAGGAACCAUCAAGCGCACCAACUUUGGAACCGCGGACGCCAGCAAACCUCAGAAAAGGGGAACGAGGAAUGCGAGUUACUCUCAAUCGAAUGGCCUGGGGACAGGGGGCUCGGGGGAUGGAUCGUCCUCAAAGUCGAAACGACGCAGGCUAGACGACGAUGAUGGCCAAGGGCCAGCUUCAAAGAAGUCAAGCCAGCCCAAGUCAAUAUCCAGUUCCGCCGAUCAUCUCACAGAUGAGCGAGGCUUCACCAAGAAACAAGCUGUCAAGUCGACUUAUGGAAAGAAGUAUGGCAGCUCUCAAGACUCACAGUCGAAACUCAAAGUCAAGUCUGAAAAUGCUCGCCCAAGAGCCAAGAUUAAAGAGCCAGACUCUCUAGACAGCCCGAAGAAGCCAGCCAGGGCCAAGCUACGUGCCCCAUCGGAUUCUAUCUUGUCGUCACCAUCCAAAGCCGCACCCGCCCGGUUCAUCAAGCAGUCGCAGGACUCGAAUGAAGGUUCAGAAGACCCGCUUGAUUCCCCCAUUCGCAAAACUGCCAUACGGAAAAAGGUUGUGCAGGCCUCCAAGCAGAAGAAGUCCGGUACUGUUUGGAACCCACUGAGGCCGCCCGUGCAAAAGCCUCCAAAGUUCUUGAUACCUGCGGAAAUACCAGACUGCAGCCAAGAGAGCAGAGAGGGCGACGAUGGGAACCCAAAGAACCCCCGAUCGCCACUGUCGGGUACUUCAGACCUUUCGGACCUUUCGGAUCUUUCAGACCUGGAAGGACUUGGCAAUUCUCAGUCGGUAACUGAAGCCUCAUACGCAGGCGAAGGAGAUCGCAAGGUGACAGAAGCGGAGUGCCCUUGGUGCGGCGACGUUGUCCCAGAUGCCCUGCUAAAGGAAUUCUCCAAGGGGAAACGGCUGAACGUGAGGAUGCAGACUAAGUUCUGCCAGACACACAAGAAGCAGACGGCCAUGGACACAUGGCGUGAAAAGCAAUAUCCAGCCGAGAUCUCGUGGCCUGAUCUCCAAAGCCGAUUUGAGGAUCAUCGUGAUUUCCUCUUGGAAGUGGUCAGUGGCGAGCCGUCACACUUCCGCUCUAUCCUCGCCAAGAAGAUCGAGACGGGCAAGGCCCGGAGCCUCAAGAAGGAGGACAACCUGAACCCUGGGUACUACGGUCCUCGGGGCUUCAACCUCAUGUGCGACUACCUUGUCGGCGAGUUUGGUGACUUACUCAAGGAAAAGGCCGUGAGCGACCGUGUUAUUGCUGGCCGUGGGUCAGCCUCCUUUAUCGAAUCUGUCCUGGUGGCCGAGUUAGCUGUGCGCUUGAUCCAGGAGGACAUGGAUGUGUCGACUGAGGAGGCGAGAGACAUCAUGGAGGAGAGUAAGGCACUUGGUGAGAUGAUACACGAGGAAGUCUGACGGCUGUACUGGCGGAGCGGGGUCGUCAUUGGAUGACCACAGGGUGUGGCAUGAAGAUGUAUUUGCUUGGUUCCAUAGCGAAGAACCCAUGAGAGAGACAAGGACAGUCUUAGAUGUAGCACGAGCUGCCUAUGAUAGGAUCAAUUCUGAACC